AAAAAGGGUCUCAACGCUCUCUUUUCUCUUUUCUUAUCUCUGUCUCUGUCUCUGUCUCUCUCUCUCUCUCAUUCUUUCUCUCUCCUCUGUCUUUUCGACUUCAUCUCACUCUUCUGACAUCACUUCAUCACCGUCGAUUUGCCGGAACCCUAAUUUUGAUGCUCGGAGAAGCCAAAGUUUGUUGUAUUGCUUUUAUUCAGUCUAUUGGAUUUAUCGCUGAAUGCAGUUAGGGUUUUCUCGUUCUAUUUCCGUUUGAGCAGUUAGUGUUGCGACUGCUUAUACUUCGUUGCUCGGUCGAGACUCAUUGAAGCCUAGGGUUUUUGUUUGAAGCAGUAGAUGACUGUGAGACAAGGGAAUAGUUGAGAUCAAACGGGUUGGUUUUCGUCACCGGAUGGAGGGAGGUAGCGUCUCUAGACUUACUUCUUCUGCAGAGAUAAACCCAUGGAUUAUGAUGACAAUGACUUUCAAAGCCAGAAUCUUCAUUUAGCUGGUGAAGGAAGUGCCAAAUUUCCUCCUGUUCUUCGACAAUAUGCUCUCCCAAAGUUUGAUUUUGAUGACACCCUUCAGGGGCAUGUGAGAUUUGAUAGUUUGGUUGAACCUGAGGUGUUCUUAGGUAUUGAGAAUAACGAAGAUAAUCAGUGGAUUGAAGAUUAUUCCCGUGGAAGUAGUGGGAUAGGAUUUACUUCUUGUGCAGCAGAAUCUUGUUCUAUAUUGAGGCGAAAGAAUGUUUGGUCUGAGGCCACUUCCUCUGAAUCUGUUGAAAUGUUAUUGAAAUCUGUUGGGCAGGAAGAUAUUAAUCUGGCACCAACUGUUACUGGCGAGUCAAAUGCUCGUGAAAAAUUGGACUACUUAACAAACCCAAUGGACCCUACUUUAAAAGAUGACGGUAGUAGUUUCGGUGAAAUGGGCGACUUACAGCCUACAUUGCUAUCAAAUAUAAGUCUUGAGGAAUUGCAUGUUGUUAAUGAGGACAUAAGAGGGGAGCAACAACAACCUCAAAGGGAUGAUCCUACUGAAUUUCAAGAGAUUUGUACUGUUGAUAGAAGUUUAGUUGAGGUUGAUCCUGGUGUUGCCCAUGAAAUUGUAGAUAUGCCAGCAAGUGAGGGAAGUUCAGGUAUUGAUGAAAGUAAGCAAAAAAUUAAUACUUCAGUUGCCAUAUCAGUGGAAGAUAAAGGGCAAGAUGAUUUUUCUGCUUAUGGAAAGCAUAUAAAUGAUUUGGUUACUUGCACGCAAGAAGGUAGUGGAAAGUUGAGCAGUCAGAAGAUUGAACAACAAAUAAAAGAUUUAUCCGAGAAUCCUGUUAAUACAUAUAUUGGAAAUAUUGAACAAGUGGUCAAUUCACACAAGUCGAGUAAAGAAGACCAAAACCAUGUUUUAUCACCCUCAGUUCCUGUAGACAGAUUGGUCGUUGAAUCUAGUAUUGCUACUUUGCAGUCCGAUGCAAAUAUGACCUUGAAGGGGGAUUGUGUAUUCCAUUCAGGUAGUGAAGAGGUUAUGCCUGAAGUUCCUUCUAAAACUGACAAGUUUGAUGAUAAGGUCUUGUGUUCAAAUGUGGAGAUUGGGAAUCCGUCUAAAGAAAACAUGUGUGAGGUAUUACCUACAGUUGUUAAAGGUGAUGCUAGAACUGAGGUGUCUGCAGGUGAGGGGAAAAACAUUAAUGCAGAAGUUUGUGCCUUUCAAGGGCCUAAGAUUGAUUCAGUUGGGCAGAUGGCUUGUGCACAAGAAAUAAUUAGCGAAGACCAGCAAUGUUUUCCCUCAGGUACUGAGAUACAAACUAGUAAGUCCGAGUUUUCUGCAUCUGCUAUCGAGGAAAGUAAUGCCUCUAAGGUUGGUGAAAGCAACAUUGGUCAUAUAAGAGAUAUUCCGGAUAAAUUUACAAAGGAUGGACAUGGUUUUAUCAGUUCAAGAGAUGUUCGUAGUUGCACACUCCCCAUAGAAAAUUUAUAUUCUGAAGGCCAUUUGCCACCUACGACUGUGGCUGAAUCAACGCAAUUAUGUGAGGAAACUAAAUUGUGCCAGUCGGGUAAUGUCCAUGUCGAACAUGCCAGUUGCAAGGAAGAAGUGAGGUUGUCUUCUGAUUCUAUUAGUGUGAAUGGCAAGAUUGCUGAGUCUCCUGUCAAAGAUAAGAGAAUUGUAUCCUUGUCUUUUCAAGAGAGUGGUGUAGAAAGUGGGACGAUAGAUACGAAAUUAGAGUACAGUGCUAAGGCUGGUGAUGAAUCAGUGUCAGUUUCUACAUUUGAGGAUGCCAAUGUGAGAACAUGUGACACAUCACAGGGUGACUCCUUACCUGUAGUUGAUGCUUUGACAGACAUAAAAGAUGCUGAUGACAAAGAGGACCAGUUGCAACCUGCUGUGGUGGAGUUUACUCCAUCAGAUAGCAAGGAAGAAAGUGGUGUGAUAAUUCCUGCUGAAGGAAGUUUUCCUCUGUUGGAUACUUCUCAACCUAUGGGGAAAUUUCAUCCUCUUUCUGAAGCUGAAAAAUCCACUUGUGUCCUUACUGGCCAGGGAUUUGGUGAAAGUAUUGAUCAAACUAUUUCAAAGAAUUCGAAUUCCGAUGACUGCAACAGAGAGAGCCAAUCUAUACCUCAGGCAGACAUUCCUAGUAAUGUUAUCCAAGACUGCGUACAGGAAAUGCACAUUGAUCCAGCCUUUUCAAAGUCAACUGCAAAAGCAUGUGAUAGUGGUGUUAAAAAGUCAGAUGAAAAAUCUUCUCCGCUUGAUGCCAAGUCUUUAACUCCACUGCCAGGAGAAACACUUGAUAGUUAUCAGAAAGAUCAGGAAAAUAUUAGAGUUGUUUCAGAAUCUGUGGGAAACAAUUGUCAGCAGGCUAUUGCAGUGAACAUUGUUGACAGUGAUGCAGGCAAAAAGGAAGGUUCAUUAUGCUCUGCUGCCUUUCCUCAAUCACAUGAACAGAUGUCUGUGAUGGGGAAUGGUAAUUCUACUGCUGAUAAGCCUCCUCCUAAUUUACCUGAUGUUGUCAAAACUGCCGUGGUUGCUCAUGAUCCAGAUGUAAAGGAUUGCAAUAAGGGACCAGCAAGUAAGAAUGUUGAAGCUGCAGAGGCCAAGGAUAGGCUGGUUGGUAAUGCAUCAUCUGGUUCCGAGUUGCCCAAAGGAAAUAUUGCCUCUGAAAGUGAGACGGCUCUUACCUUUGAGUCCCGUUCAUUGGAAGAUCUGCCAAAAAAUGAUUCUGGCAUUGUAGUUGCAACAGCAGCUAGUGCAUCUUUGGUUGUGGAGGGACCCCAAUCAUCUUCUGGCCUAUCCAAAUUGGACAUCAAGAGUGCUGAGGAAAUUUCACACAGUAGCCCUCAUGUGUCUGAGGCGAAAGUUGCACGUGCUCGUUCCAAGGGCACUCCUGAGCGUAAACCUAGGCGUGCUGCCAAAGGAUUGGGGAAAGAGUCAUCUACAAAGGGAAGUCACACGAAGAAAUCAGAGAAAGUAGAGAAAUCUAACAGUACCACCAUAAACAAUCCUGGAAUUUUCCAGCUUGCACAGUCUAAUGAGAUGCAACAUCAUGGACAUGUGGAGUCUAGUGGUGCAAAACCAUUUGUCUUUAUUGGUGCUUCAACUACUAGCAUUCCAGACUUGAACAAUUCUGCCUCCCCAUCCCCAAUGUUUCAACAGCCUUUCACAGACUUGCAACAAGUUCAAUUGCGUGCUCAGAUAUUUGUUUAUGGAGCUUUGAUUCAAGGUACAGCACCAGACGAGGCGUACAUGUUGUCUGCAUUUGGAGGACCCGAUGGUGGAACAAACCUUUGGGAGAAUGCUUGGCGUACGUGUGUAGACAGGCUUAAUGGAAAAAAGUCUCAGCCUAUUAAUCCAGAGACACCUUCACAAUCACAGUCUGGUGGCAGAAGUACUGAGCAAGCAAGUAAACAAAGUACACUGCAAAGUAAAAUUAUAUCUCCUCCAGUUAGUCGAGUUAGCAGUAAGAGUACAUCAACAGUGUUAAGUCCUAUGAUCCCUCUUUCCUCACCACUCUGGAGUAUUUCCACACCUUCCAAUGCUCUGCAAUCUAGUAUUGUGCCUCGAAGUCCCGUUAUAGACUAUCAACAAGCACUGACUCCGUUACAUCCGUAUCAGACUCCUCCCGUCAGGAACUUUAUUGGUCAUAAUCUUUCAUGGUUUUCUCAGGCUCCAUUCCAUAGUACCUGGGUUGCUACUCAGACUUCGACACCUGACUCCAGUGCACGAUUUUCUGGUUUGCCAAUUACUGAGCCUGUUCAUUUAACACCAGUAAAGGAAUCAUCUGUGUCACAAUCGUCUGCCAUGAAGCCCUCUGGUUCUAUGGUUCAUGGUGGAACUCCUGGUAAUGUAUUGACUGGAGCCUCCCCUCUGCUUGAGUUAAAAAAGGUGUCAGUAACCACGGGGCAAAAUUCCACUGAUUCAAAAAUGAGAAGAAGAAAGAAGAAUACAGUUGCUGAGGAGCCUGGCCUUAUAACUAUGCAGGUUCAACCUCAUUUAAAACCAGUGCCAGCUGUAGUUACAACUACAAUUUCUACUCUUGCAACAUCUCCAUCUGUCCACCCUAAGGGAGCUUCUGAGAAUUUGAUUUUAUCUCCACCUCCAUUGUGUCCAACAACUCACCCAAAGAGUGCAGGUCAAGAUUUGAGAGGGAGAGCCAUGUUUUCAGAGGAAACACUUGGCAAGGUUAGGGAGGCUAAGCAAGUGGCUGAGGAUGCUGCAUUGUUUGCAUCUGAAGCUGUUAAACACAGUGCAGAAGUGUGGAGUCAAUUGGACAGGCAGAAGAAUUCAGAAUUCGUAUCAGACGUCGAAGCUAAACUAGCUUCUGCAGCUGUUGCUAUAGCAGCUGCUGCUGCUGUCGCAAAGGCUGCGGCCGCCGCCGCCAAUGUGGCAUCAAAUGCUGCAUGUCAAGCAAAGUUGAUGGCUGAUGAGGCAUUUACUUCGUCUAGCCAUGAUGUUCCCUGUCAAAGCAAUGAAUUUUCUGUUCAUGGUAGUGCUGUUGGCGUAGGGAAGGCCACUCCAGCCUCCAUCUUAAGGGGUGAAGAUGGUGGAAAUGGUUCCAGCUCUAUUAUUUUUGCCGCAAGGGAGGCAGCUAGAAAGAGGGUUGAAGCAGCAUCUGCUGCUUCUAAGCAUGCUGAAAAUGUGGAUGCCAUUGUCAAAGCUGCUGAGCUGGCAGCAGCAGCUGUGUCACAAGCUGGAAAGUUAGUUGCUAUGAGCGAUCCUCUUCCCUUAGGCAAAUUAGUGGAAGCUGGUCCAGAUGGUUAUUGGAAAACGCCUCAAGUAUCUUCUGAGCUGGUUAUGAGAUCAGAUGAUGUUAAUGGAGGAUGUUCCAACUCAGCAAUUAAGCGUCCUAGAGACGGAUCAUCAAGUAAGAAUGAGAUUCAGGUAAGUGUCAGUGCCAAGUCAUCAAUUCCUGGAGAAAUAUCUGUGGGUUCUGUUGAGAAUCAUCCCAAAUUGGUUGACGGCAUCACAAGUUGUGUAGCACCUCGUGAGAAGGAUCUGAGAGGACUGAAGGACCAAAAUGCUUCUGAUCUGACGAAAACCAUUGGUGUAGUUCCAGAAUCUGAAGUUGGAGAAAGAUCCUCCCAGGAUGAGUGUGAAAAGGCUAAGGAUUUAAAACAAAGCAGCAUCAAGGAAGGUUCCCAUGUCGAGGUUUUCAAGGAUGGGAAUGGAUUAAAAGCAUCUUGGUUCACAGCUAGUGUGCUGAGUUUGAAGGAAGGGAAAGCUUACGUGUCCUACACUGAACUUCAACCUGAAGAAGGAUCUGGCCAACUAAAGGAGUGGGUUGCUCUUGAUGGUCAAGGGGGUAUGGCGCCAAGAAUUCGAAUUUCUCGUCCUAUGACUACCAUGCGGACUGAAGGAACAAGGAAGAGACGCCGAGCAGCUGCAGGGGACUACAUCUGGUCGGUUGGAGACAAAGUUGAUGCAUGGAUGCAGAACAGCUGGCAUGAAGGAGUGGUGGUUGAGAAGAACGCAAAAGAUGAAACAACAUACAUUGUCCGCUUUCCAGCUCAAGGCGAAACGUCCACUAUCAAAGCUUGGAAUCUCCGGCCUUCUCUCAUAUGGAAAGAUGGGGAAUGGUUUGAGUUCUCCGGCUCGUAUGUAAAUGAUUAUUCUCAUGAGAUUGUUGUGCCUCAGGAAAAGCGCAUGAAGUUGGGCAGCCCAACUGCAGAGGUUAAAAGGAAGGAUAAAAUGCCAACGAUUGUGGAGGAUGUAGAAUUGGCUAAGACAGCAGACCCGAGUUUGCUGUUGAUAUCAGCAAAUGAGAAAGUUUUUAAUAUUGGUAGGAAUACUCAAAGUGAGAACAAGUCUAAUCCAUUAAAAACAAGUCGGACUGGUCUGCAGAAGGGGGCAUCGAGAGUGAUUAUUGGUGUUCCCAGGCCUGGAAAAAAGAGAAAAUUUAUGGAAGUGAGCAAACAUUAUGAUGCAGACACUCGAACUACUGAAGCAAAUGAUUCAACUAAAUUGGCAAAGUAUUUGAUGCCGCACGGAUCUACUUCCAAAGGAUUAAAAAGAACUUCUAAAUAUGAAACGAAGGAAAAAACUGUAAACGAUGCCAAGCCCUUGGCUGUCAAGUCUGGAAAGCAGCCAAGUGUAUCAGAUCAUGCAGUUAUUACCAAGGAUUCUGAAAGCCAGAAUGAGAGUACUUUGGGGAAGAACGACCAAAUGGACGUUCCUUCUUUCUGUAGCACUGAAGAAGUGCCAGAGGGCUCGGUUUUAUUUCCCCCAGCACAUGCUCCCAAGAAAGCAUCCUCAUUUCACACGAAGCCAGAACGAGCAAAUAAGGGAAAACUUGCUCCUGCAGUUGGGAAACUGACAAAAAUUGAGGAAGAAAAGGUUUUCAAUGGGAAUCCUACCAAACCAAAUUCCAAUGUUAUUGAGCCACGUAGAUCCAACCGCCGUAUUCAGCCUACGUCAAGGUUAUUAGAGGGACUGCAAAGCUCAUUAGCAAUUUCAAAGAUUCCUUCUAUUUCACACGAUAAAGGUCAACGAAGCCAGAACAGGAAUGCAUCUAGAGGGAACAAAAUCUAAGGGGGGGCUGUUGCAAACUUGGUUUAGGCCCAGGAAACAAUCCUCUGCCGAUAAUUAAUGACUUUAACAGUAGUUUAUAUUGUUGUAUUUACUAUAGAUAAAUGUAGGAAAGGAAACUCUUGCUUCCUUAGUAUACUCCUACAAGUUUAGCUUUAGUUGUUCAUAUUGAUUGAAGUUUCCUCACAUUUGUGUUCUCUCAAUCUCCUCCUCUACCAUAACAGGAUGUAUAUUGAAACUCUCCUUGUAGGUUGGUCUUGGAAUUCAAAAGAAGGUAGUUUGGUUAUCCA